AAAACUAAAGAGAGAGAAACAGUUUUAGAGAGAGAGGCAAUAUUUUGACAUCACCUUCUGGAUCUAGGGUUUUUCUCCGCCUUCAUCACCAUCAUCAAACCCUAGAUAUACAUACACAACAUACAUAUAUAAUUGAAAAUCUGAAUGAAUCACCGCCUCUUUUCCGCACAGAUCUAAAAAGGGUUUCUCACAAAAGCCUAAUCUUUGUUGUUAAUUCAAGAAAUUCACAGAUCUGAUACAUAUAAAGCUAAUCAAGUUUGAAUUUUGAUGCGAUUUGACUUUGAUUCAAGACUGAAACAAACGAUUUAGAUACAAAGAAAGGGUUAUACAUACAUAUAUACAUACAGACUAUUGAGAUUGAGAUUCAUCAUGUAUAAUUCUUCAUCAUCAGUUGUGGUGUAUGAAGGAGAGAAACUUAUUGGAGAAGUAGAUGCUGUUUAUGUGGAUGAAAACGAUGUCGUUUUGGAGGAGAUAAGGAUAAGUCAUUUAUCAAAUCCAAGUGAGAGAUGCACACCACUUGCAGUUCUUCAUAGCAUAGCUAACAAUGGGGUUUGCUUCAAAUUGGAGUGCAAGUCGCAGUUCCUUUACUCACAGCUCAAUCUUAUGCACUCUACAUGUCUCAGGGACAACAAGACUGCAGUGAUGCCCCUUGGUGAUACCGAGCUCCAUCUGGUUGCAAUGGUUUCCCGACAGAAUGAGAAACAGUGCCCUUGUUUCUGGGGCUUCAAGAUCACGAAAGGACUAUAUGAUUCUUGUCUUGUGAUGUUGAAUCUUAGAUGUCUUGGCAUCGUAUUUGACCUUGACGAGACGCUCAUUGUUGCCAACACGAUGCGGUCAUUCGAGGACCGGAUUGAAGCUUUGCAGAGAAAGGUGAACUCUGAUUCUGAUCCACAGCGUGUUUCUGGUAUGCUCGCAGAAAUUAAGCGGUAUCAGGAGGACAAGCUUGUAUUGAAGCAAUAUGCAGAGAACGAUCAGGUAUUUGAAAAUGGCAAGGUGAUCAAAACUCAAGCCGAGGUUAUCCAGGCAUUGUCUGAGAGUCAUCAACCGAUGGUUCGGCCAAUCAUACGUUUACAGGACAAAAAUGUUAUCUUGACUCGUAUUAAUCCACUGAUACGUGAUACAAGUGUCCUUGUGAGAUUGAGACCUGCUUGGGAGGAUCUUAGAAGCUACUUGAUUGCAAGAGGCCGUAAGCGUUUUGAAGUAUUUGUUUGCACAAUGGCUGAAAGAGAUUAUGCUUUAGAAAUGUGGAGGCUUCUUGAUCCAGAGUCAAAGUUGAUAAACACAAAGGAGAUAUUGGAGCGCAUUGUCUGUGUCAAACCUGGUUUGAAAAAAUCAUUGUUUAAUGUGUUCCAAAAUGGGAACUGCAACCCUAACCUGGCAUUGGUAAUUGAUGAUCGUCUAAAAGUGUGGGAUGAGAAAGACCAACCUCGUGUCCAUGUUGUGCCUGCUUUUGCACCAUAUUAUGCUCCUCAGGCUGAGGCCAACAAUGCGGUGCCUGUCCUCUGUGUUGCAAGAAAUGUUGCCUGCAAUGUUAGAGGUGGCUUCUUCAAAGACUUUGAUGAGGGUACAUUACAAAGGAUUCUAGAGGUCAAGUUUGAAGAUGAUGUUAAAGAUAUCCCUUUACCUCCUGACGUGAGCAACUAUUUGAUAUCAGAGGAUGAUGCCUCAACUUUGAACGGGAACAAAGAUUCACUUUCUUUUGAUGGCAUGGCAGAUAUCGAAGUGGAAAGGAGAUUAAAGGAUGAAACUUCAGCUUCCCCUGCAGUCCUUCCAAUGGUCACUACUGCAGAUCCCAGGCUUGUUCCUCAUGUGGUAUAUCCUCCUGUUAUGAAUCUUGCACCAACAAUGCCAACAAUGCUAGGGCAAGUUAUGCCUGUUCCCAGUAAAUCGUUGCCACAAGUGCCUUCAAUACUUAAAAGUGUGAACCAAGUUGGGCUUUCAGAAACCAACUUGCAAAAUUCUCCUGCUAGAGAAGAGGGUGAAGUACCAGAAUCUGAACUGGAUCCUGAUACGAGGAGGCGACUUCUUAUAUUGCAGCAUGGUCAAGACAUAAGAGAACCCCCUAUCGAGCCUAAGUUUCCUAUAAGACCAACUUCAUUGCAAGUGUCUGUUCCACAAGUUCAAGGACGUGGAAAUUGGUUUCCAGCUGAGGAGAAGAUGAGCCCAAGACAACUGAACCCAUCAGUGCCAGUACCACCCAAGGAAUUUCCUUUAAACCUAGAGCUGCCGCCUGUUGAUAAACAGCAGCCUCGUCAUCCGCCCUUUGUACAUAAGGUGGACAAUUCACCACCAUCUGAUAUGGUAUUUAAUAGUGAGGGUCAGAUGAUGCCUAAAGAGGUUCUUCAAAGAGAUGAACGUCUGAGACCAAGUCCAACUUUGUCUACUUACCCUUCAUUUCCAGGUGAAGAGGUUUCCCUGGCCCGAUCAUCUUCCAGCAACAGAAAUCUUGAUUCAGAACCUGGACGAAUUGAAAAAUUUGCAGAAACUCCAGUGAAAGCAUUACAGGAUAUUGCUUUUAAGUGCAGAACUAAGGUGGAGUUCAGGUCAGCUUUGGUUCCAAGCAUGGUACUGCAGUUCCAAGUUGAGGUCUGGUUUGCUGGAGAAAGAAUAUGUGCAGCAACUGGUAGUACAAGAAAGGAAGCUCAGAGGCAAGCUGCUGAGGAAUCACUUCUCAGUCUGGCUGAAAAAUAUAUAUCACAUAUUAACCCUACCACUGGGCAUGGGGAUGGGAAUCGGUUCCUUAGUUCCAAUGGGAAUGGUUUUAUCGGAGAUGUGAAUUCUGUUGGAUAUCAGCAAUUGCAAGAGGAGUCUCCGACAUUUCAGUAUGGGCUAGGACCAUCCAGGGUAACGGACCCAAGGUUGGAGGGCUCUAAGAAUCUGAUGGGUUCAGUCUCUGAACUAAAAGAAUUGUGCAUGAUGGAAGGUCUUGCCUUUUCUUUUCAUCCUCAGCCACAAUUUUCUACUAACAUGGGCCAACAUAAUGAAGUUUAUGCUCAGGUGGAAGUAGAUGGACAGGUGCUAGGCAAGGGAUCCGGGUUAACAUGGGAUGAGGCUAAGCUGCAGGCUGCUGAUAAAGCUCUUGGAAGUUUGAGAUCCAUGAAUGGUCAGUUUUCCUACAAACGUCAGGGCUCCCCGAGGUCCUUGCAAGGGAUGCCAAAUAAAAGAUUUAAACCAGAGUUUCCUAGAUUUUUGCAGCGAGUGUCGUCUUCUUCUAGAUACCCAAAAAAUGCUUAUCCUAUGCCUUGAAAAUUUAAUACCUCAUCUUUGCUGUUGUAGUGAAGUCAUUUGUAUGGCGCUUGUUGCAUCUUUAAGUGCUGCCUGCUCAGCCUGCUUCCUUCAAGGCUGGCCUUUACAUUGUACCAAAAAAAUCAUAGAGUUUCUGAUAUUUUCACAUGUUUUGAAAGGCAUUGGAAAUGCUUCACCAGUAACAUAACAUGGUCAUUUUUCGGAUUACCUGGUUACUUUUUAUCAGUACUUGUAUUUCCAAAGCUCCAGUACAAGACUCGAAAGGCAAUACCAAUGAAUGCAACACCUUUUUGUAAGUUGAGCAGAGAUUUCCUUGUAUGAAUGUACGCUUGCAGUUCUGUGUGUAUUUGAAGCAGAAAAGAACUAAGCUUCACGUUGGCCCGAGGUGGCUUGUGGCUAUUUCCAGAGCACAUGUUCACCAAUGAGAGUUCAAUAGCAAAGCAGUUGAGCAGCAUCUGUACACAUGUAAGGUCAGUUCCUCCCCACAUUAGAAAAGAGGAACAAGUUUGUCGAGCUAGUCGGAAAGUCUGUACCUGGCUGAUGGAAGCUACUUGUAUGUUACAAUUCAGAAGUCGAUACAUAGCUGUGUUGAUCCAUUUUUCGGAUAGAUAGGUUUUAUUAUGUUUCGUCAUUCUGCCUAGAUUUGUUUACCAGAUAGUUUCAUGAAAAUUUGUACAAUACUUUCCAAAGUCGACAAUUUAGCCCAGUAAAACCAUGGUGAGAUUGCUGUUCCCGCAAAUCCGAGAGGUGAUUCAUUGCUCGGGCUGCAUGCAGCUGUAAAUUGUAACUAGUGAUUUGUAUAAUACUCUUGAAACUAGAUAAGAGUUCUGCAAUGCAGUUGUAAUUCUGCUUGUUUUAGGCAGCACAGUGCUAAUCUCAUUACUAGUAAGAGAAAAAAAUAGUGUUGCGGAUUAA